AUGGUUGGUGGAGAAUUUUAUAUUGUUGGAUUAUUUCCUAUGAAUUGUUCUACACCAAAUGAAAUAGACAACAGGACUAUUGCUUGGAUGGAAGCUAUGAAAUAUACAAUAGAGGAGGAAAAUAAAAAAUAUAACAGAAGUAUAUUUGGGUACGUAAUAUAUGAUACGUACGAUCCUACAAAUAUGGACAUGACCUCCUUUGCUGUAUUAGAUUCAUUAAAAUUAUCCAACCAAAAUUUUUGCAACAAUGAUAAAAUAUGCAUGAAUUUAAAUGGCCAAUUAAAUCGAAAUCAAUUUAAAAAUAUUUUAGGUUUUGUAGGCCCAGCUGAAUCAUCUACUUCUAUUUACGUUCAUGCAUUAACAUCAGUUUAUGAACACAUUCCCAUUAUUAGUUACGCAGCGGUGAGUUUAGAAUUAAAUGACAAAACGAAAUUUCCUAACUUUUUUCGAACGGUUCCUGCUGAUAACUUUCAAGCUGAAUUUAUAAAAAAAGUUUUACAAAAAUACAAAUGGAAUUUUAUUUCAGUAAUAGCAGUAGAUAGUUCGUAUGGAAGAGCUGGACUUGAAAUUUUAAAACAGAACUAUGAAAGUGAUGAUAUUUGCAUAGAUGUUUUAGAAAUAUUGCAGCAAGCAUACGACCCAAAAAUAUAUUCAAAAAUUGCUGAAAAACUAAUUACUAGCACAGCUCGUGUUAUUGUGUUUUGGGGACAAUUUAGGCCUUUUUUUCACUUUUUACAGGAAGCAUUAAAUUUAAAUUUAUCAAACCGAAUAUGGAUUGUAAGUAAAGCAGUUGGUAAAAACUCUUUUUUUCUUAAUUUUAAAAAUACACUUAAUAAUAAGCUUCUGUUUGUUAGUUAUACAGCUGGAGAAGAUCAGAAGUUUAAAAAUUACUUUUUUAGCCUAACCUAUGAAAAUUCGAGUGAAUGGCUGAAAGUAAUUUUUGAGCGAAGCAGAUUUAGCAGCAAUUCAAAUGUUAAUGCAAGAGAAAUUAAAGAAGUAUUUGAUUUAAGUGGAGUUUCGGUUGUUCAAAACGCUGUAAAAAUUUACAUAAAAGCUUUUUAUCAAUAUCAAGGAUUUUCGUGGACAUACAAUGCAACAUACCUAGAUACCAUUAAUAACACAAAAUAUGGUUUUUUAAAAAAUAAAUCUGUUUGUUAUGACGAUUGUAAACUAGGCGAAAUUAAAGUAAUUUCAAAUACAGGAAACUGUUGUUGGAGUUGCUCCCCUUGCGCGGAUAACCAUAUAGUUAUAAAAGAAAAAUGUGUUGACUGUGGAAAAAACUUAAUGUCUGAUAAAAAUAAAACAAAAUGCGUUGAGCCCAAUACUACUUAUUGGAGUUUUAAUGAUAGUCGAAAAUCUCUAAGCCCAUCAUUAGUUUUGUUAUCAUCUAGUUUUGGCAUACUUACAUCAAUAUUUUUUAUAUAUACUUUUAUCAGAAAGAAAUCAACCCCAAUUGUCCGUUCGUCAUACUAUGAAUUGUCAUUAGUGCAAAUGGCUCUGCAUCUUAUAUGGUAUUUGAUUGUGCUGAGUUAUUUCUAUAGAUUAAAUUAUAUGACAUGUAAGAAAUACAAAGACAAAGUAAGAAUCUUGAAAGAAUCUCAUCGACUAAAAGGUACAAGUUUUUUUAUUAACGAAGACUUUUCUCGUGAGACCGUUGCUAUUCAGAAAAGAUUAUUUGCGGAAGUAAAACAAAGGCGCUCUAAUGGUGAAAAUGUAACGGAAUCAUUUGAGCGUUUCUGA